UUGCAGUUAGUACUAACAAGAAUGGCCAGGACUAAAGACAAAAAGCUUGCUGCACUGUGACAUACUGGACAGUAGGUAACAGACCAAAUGUUUGGGGAGAACGUGAAGAAAAAGCAAGAGAAAGAAAACUGAACAUAAAGAAAACCAGCUUCCUUUCUGUGUGGAUACUGUAGUAUGUUGAGAAGCCAUGGCUCCUGCUGUCGGAUGUCCUGUGGGUUACAAUCCUCCAGAGGGGGGCUGGGGUUGGGCUGUGGUGAUGGGGGCCUUCAUCUCUAUUGGUUUCUCCUACGCCUUCCCAAAGUCCAUCACAGUGUUCUACAGAGAUAUUGAGGUGAUCUUCAAUGCCAGUACAAGUCGAGUCUCCUGGAUCUCCUCUCUCAAUGCUUCAUUCAUAUAUGCAGGAGUUUUCUUACUAUUCAUAGGUCCAAUCAGCAGUAUCCUGGUGAAUAUGUAUGGUUGUCGUCCCAUAAUGAUAGCAGGGGGCUGCCUCUCGGGAGCUGGACUCAUUGCUGCUUCCUUCUGUAACACAGUGGAGGGCUUGUAUUUCUGUGUGGGUGUUGUAGGAGGUCUGGGACUUGCAUUCAAUCUCAAUCCAGCCCUUAUAAUGAUUAGUAAAUACUUUUACAAGAGGAGGCCCUUUGCUAAUGGAAUUGCCAUGGCUGGUACCCCAGUCUUUCUGUCCGCUUUAGCCCCCCUGAACAGUUGGCUUUAUGAUCAGUUUGGCUUGAGAGGUAGUUUCCUUAUCCUUGGUGGGCUACUGCUAAACUGCUGUGUAGCUGGAUCUCUUAUGAGGCCCAUUGGGCCAAAGCCCAUGCCUACUGUGAAAGAGUCCAACACUCCUGGUGAGAAGAAGACUAUGAUGGAAGUUAUCAACAGUUUCAUUGAUCUGUCUCUCUUCAAACACCGCGGAUUCCUCCUGUACCUCACAGGCAAUGUGGUAAUGUUCUGUGGCCUUUUCACUCCCCUUGUAUUCCUCAGUAAUUAUGCAAAGACUAGGGAUAUUUCAAAUGAGAAGGCUGCAUCUCUGCUCUCAGUAUUGGCCAUAGUAGACAUGGUGGCACGACCCUCUAUGGGAACAGUGGCCAACACCAAAUGGGUGCGACCCAGAGUGCAACACUUCUUUGCAACCUCUGUUCUGUUUAAUGGUGUAUGCCACCUGCUUGCACCCCUGUCUGUGGACUAUGUGGGGUUUGUGUUCUAUGCGAUCUUCUUUGGCUUUGCAUUUGGUUGGCUAAGUUCUGUGCUGUUUGAGACCCUGAUGGAUCUGGUGGGAGCCCAGAGCUUCUCCAGUGCAGUGGGGCUGGUGACUAUUUUGGAAUGUGUGCCGGUGUUACUUGCCCCACCGGUGCUGGGAAAAUUUAAUGACAUCUACCAUGACUACAAGUACACUUACAUAAGCUGUGGAAUAAUCCUUUUGGUCUCGAGCUUGUUCCUCUUUGUUGGCAUGGGCAUCAACUACAGGAUGCUGGAUAAGGAAGCAAAGGAGGAAGCUAAAAGAGCCCAGCUGGAAGGAAAUGAGGAUGAAUCCAUGGACACCGCAGCCAAGGAGACUGGCAGUGAGGAGGCAGUGGCAAUGCAAACAGCCAAUAAUUCCAAAGCUGCAGGAGAUACUGUGUGCACUGAGUGAUCUAGCCUAUGUGUCACAUGCACAGAAAAGCACGCAGUGAAAAUAGUCUGUUAUAUACCUAACAAACUCUUACUGCUUCUAGGACAGGUCUAUGUGUAAAAGAGCAUACAAAUAAUGAGCCAUAUCAUAAUAUUUUAAGAGACAGGCUACAUAUUUUUAAUAGAGUUACUACCACAAUAUUACUAAUAAUUAGUGUAAUGUAGUCUAAAAUUAAAGUGUUAAACCUUUUAUUAUAUUUAUUGAUAUGGCAUACCUAGCAAGUCAAUGCAUAGUUAAAUUAGGGUUAAAAUGCAAGAAAUAACUGAAUAUGUGUUGUCCUAUUUGCUUCAGUACAUAUAUUAGUGUGUUUUUAUAGUUUGUCCACAAGCCUUGUUAUAAAUAAAUAAAAUAACUAUCAAAGAAUUGCUACAUUGCAAACUACAGCAUGGCUCACUAACACAAAAUCAGCUUCUCUGAAUGAUUUUUAAGCCAUUUACCUAUGUACCCACAGAAAAAGAAAAGAAAAAAAUAAAAUAAAAUAAAAACCACAGCGUAAAGGCUGUUACCUAAGGAAAAUUACAACACUUGCUUAUUUAAAAGAUGAAAAUCAUGAGGUUUAUUUUGAAAGAACUUAUUAAUGACCUGCACUGACAUCUAGGGUUUAUAAACACAAUAGCAAUAUGUACUAGUAAUACCGAAUACAAACUAGAAAUUGUAAUUCUUUAUUUCCUGUGCUGCUCUGCUGUAAACGUAAAGCCCAGAUUGUUUACCAUUAUAGCCCAAAUAAAUUCUGCAAAGA